UACAGCGCACACAUACAAGGCCAGAGUCGGAGCGCGACACACCGCCGAAUCAGAGAGCACAUAUCAGCAGUCUAUCAGUAGCAGAAGUAGUAAAAUAUCAUCGUCAGUCGCGUGUCCGGGACGAAGGGUUGCAGUCGCUCGCGUAUAUUUAUUAUUGUAUAUAUACACGUACACACACAUACACGCACACACACACACACAUAUAUACAUUUAUAUAUAAAAUAAAAAAGUAACGGUGGAGCUACGUGCUGUUCGUUUAGUUUUUUUUGCACGUUAGCUGUCUCUGUCGCUCCCUUUACUCUGCUGUGAGUGAGUAGACAGCCGCUUGUUGGCGCUCUCAGUUGUGGCUUUGGCCUCUGUGUGUGUGGUUUUAUACGCGAAAAAGCGCGGAGGACAUCUUGAAUCGCGUAGUGGAACGACGUUUUAGACGGCGGCCAUCUUGCAAUCCCUAAUCAAAGAUCUCCUCUCUUGUCUCUGUCUGUGUGCUCGGCGCAGCCAGCCCACUACGUGCGUCUCAAGCUUCUGCACCUGUGCUCCAGCCGAAGGGCUCAGUUGACCCUCAAACACAGCAGCCACACACGCCUCCGCUCAAAUGGCUUUGAAACGGAUCAACAAGGAAUUGCAAGAUCUGGGGAGGGAUCCACCUGCACAGUGUUCAGCCGGACCUGUUGGAGAUGACUUGUUUCACUGGCAGGCAACAAUUAUGGGUCCUCCUGACAGUCCUUACCAAGGAGGAGUAUUUUUCCUAACAAUACAUUUUCCUACAGACUACCCAUUCAAACCCCCAAAGGUUGCUUUCACAACCAGAAUUUAUCAUCCUAAUAUCAACAGUAAUGGAAGUAUCUGCUUGGACAUCUUAAGAUCGCAAUGGUCUCCAGCGCUUACUAUUUCAAAAGUGUUAUUAUCAAUAUGCUCUCUGCUGUGCGAUCCAAAUCCAGACGAUCCUCUAGUACCAGAGAUAGCCAGGAUAUACAAAACUGACAGAGAGAAGUACAAUGAAUUGGCACGCGAGUGGACGCGCAAGUAUGCCAUGUGAUGCGCCAAUACACAUAAAUCUCAACAUCUGUACGCCACCAUCAACAAGUCCCAGCCUAAAUGCCAUUUAUCAAUCAGCACCGAUUCAACCUAGCUAUGGCUCGUCGGUUCUCUAAAUAUAUAAUAAUCAACAUCAUGUCGUCUGAAUGAGACUUGCAGACUCCGCAGGAUAUCCCAGGCCAGCUGUAACCAUUUCUUAGUAAGAACUUCUCUUCUCCCUGGAUACCUUGCGAAUUUCCAAGUCGGUGCCACACAAUGGCUUAUGAAAGGCGAUUUACUAAGGAUCGUGGAUAAGGUGGUUCAUCCCGCAAAUUAUCAAUACAAAAUAAGCAUGAGAGUAAAUUUGAAAUCACUGGAUCGAAGAAGCUACUAAAAUAGACAGGAACGAGAGACAACAAAACAAACAAACUCAUUGUUCGCUUUGAUUUUCGCAGUAAUUAACAACAAUUUAAUUAUAGAAAAAGUAAUAAAAAACAAUAUAGGCGAGUGAAAGUAGGAUUUGUAUUUGAAUUAAUAGUCUAAUUUCUAUCGCAGUACUUAUAACGCUGUAAUAUCUUUGCAUAUAAGUCUACUUUCUCAAUGAAAAAAAACAGUAAAAGCGUUAUACGCAAACGUAUUAGAGAAUACGGAAUAUGAAACGACUAUUGUUGUGCAAGGGAAAUAACAACUCCGAAAUGGCAGCGCACCGAUUGUUAGUUUUAAAAGCAAUGAGCGAUCCACGCCCGUCCCUCGAUACGAUGCGAUCAUUUUUUUGUAAGACUGGGCUCUAUAUAUAUAAAUACUUUUAAAAACGACACUUAUCUUGUCUUUUCUUUCAUCUUCAAACAUGAACUUGUUCUAAUCCUAAUCGAGCUUUACUAUUUUUUUUCUCAUCAGAUUGCUAACUGUUUCAAAAAGAAAUUCUACUAAUAACUUGGACGACGCAUGCCUGUUUCGGUUGCUUGGUUUAUUUGUUAAUUUUUUUAGCACAAAAACGAAUAAUUAGUCCGACAUAUAAUGAAAAAAAUUGCUUGAUUGUAAAAUAUUUUAUUGAUAGCGGUAUUUUUCUAAUCGCUGAAUAAUUAAAUUGAAUCGGUCGAUCCAUUAUUGAGCGCUUGUGACUUAGAAAAAGCUCAAAGGAUAAAAUAAAUCAUUCGUAUUACAAAAUAAUAGGAAUUAAAAUAUUGUCAAUGCUACUUGGAAAGAGGAAAUAUAUACGAUCUUUUAUUUUACUGGAGUGCCUACGUACUCAAAAAUCGUAAUAAAUUCUGUACGAUUUGCUAAACCUCGAAGUUGACUAUCAUGAAAGAAAAAGAGAGGAAGGUCUUUGAAGAGGAACGUUUUCCCAAAGUCAUAAAAAAACAAAGUCGCGUUUGUACUUGUAAUUAUAGUAAAUCUCUUCGGAAGUAUAAUA